CUUCCCAGUGAUUUAACAGGAUCCCUACAGCAACUCUACAGCAUUUGAGAUAUACAGAUUGUAACUUGUCAAGGCACCCCCUUUUCGCCGCCCACAAAGAUCUCCACCCGAUUUUAAGUUAGGUGGCGGUGAGGCAGCAUGACGCGAUAUGUGAUCCAUUUUGUAGCCGCUGAAAUGGCUUUUUUGUCCCCAAGCACGGUCAACGUGCCUCUGUGCCAGAUUGGAUCUGUGGCCCGUGACAGAAACCAAUCCCCCCUUGAUGUCAUCUCUGGGUCUGCCAUGAUAAUCUGCAUACCGAUAGUAGGGCGCAGCACCCUGCCAUAGUUUGCGGAUAAGAGAGUUGGUCAUAUUCUAUCCCGGAUCAUAUACGGCUUAGAGGGAAUGAUUUUGGACCGCAACAGUAUCAUUUCAAAGUAUAAAGAACCGUGUGUCCGAAAAAAAACUAACGAAAUUAACCGCUCUCACCUCCAAUAAUGGAAGCUCGUAGUACUCCAUUGGCAGCAGAGUUUCCAAUGCCUGGAUGCAGACAAGCAUGCCUUAUCGACUCCUCUGGGCCAUUCCCUGAGUUCACGGACUCCGAUAUCAUGGGCCCAGGCUCGUUGAACCACUCCGGCAUGAGUUAUCAUGAUUCCACAUCUCCACCAAGCUAUUGUGAUAACCAUCACCCUCUAAAUUCGUUGGAGGAAAAUCCAUGUCCUGACUCUGAUUGUCUGUCGAAUGACCAUUCGCAUCAUUACAGCGGUACCAUGCGUGCUUCGUUACCAGAUGAAACGGCUCUCUUUGUUGCAAACUAUCUCCACCAGUUGGGCCUGAAAUUUGGGAUGGACAUGACUCUUGACCGAGUAAUUCAAAUAUGCAUUGGACAAUGGGACACUCCAGGUCACUGGUACUAUCAUCACCUCUUCUAUCGCUUACACUGUAUUUUAUCCCAGACCCCAAGCCUACGCACGCCCAGAUGGGAAGGGAUCAUUUUGUUUCGAACUACAGUUCACCUUCGACGAGUAUCCAAUCUAGCAGAUCGACUCGCCAGUCUACACCCAGCGAUAGGGUUUAUUUCAGGUCCGGUGCCAUCGCACAGACCGACCACGAGAUAUUCCAAGACGGUGGCAGAUUAAAGGUCAGGUGUUACGAAGGCUCUUGCAGCGGCAAUGCA